AUGGCCACCUCUCAAGGCCCAUAUGACGGACCCACAUCCGUCACUGAUUGCAUUCUAGGACUGAAGAAGAACAUCGAUAGCAAGAAACUGCCUGGAUUCGUCGAACUCAUUGACGAUUGGUUCGAUCCAGACACCCAGGUGGACGAAGAGCAAUUUGUGCGCCGCUUUCUGCGAGUCUUCAAAGUGUCCGAUCAAGACUUUACAUAUGAGAGAAUCAUCGGAGACUAUGACGAAGGACUACAAAACAUCUUCAAUGAUUUCGUCGACGGGAAACUCAACGCCCAGGAGGCGGCAGAAAAGUAUCGUCCUUACACGAUGCAGAAUCUCCCGAAGAAAUUGGGCACUUUUCGCAAGAACCGCAAACUCUCCAGUAUAAUUCCAGGCGAGCGCAACGUGCUCGAAGAGCAUACUGCUUUACUCGCCGCACUACCGACGAGCAUCCCGUCACGGAUUCGUGCAUUCAUUGCGAAAUUGGUGCCUGCUUUGAAGUUCCCGACCCGGUUCCUCUAUGUGCCGUCCUUCAAGGACCUCGAGUUUCAAAAUUGGGGCCGCACAGUGACCACCACACCGACCUACACCUGCGUGCCGAGUACAGCCCGAGAUGUUGUCGACAUUGUGCGAUAUGCCAAAAAGCAUAAAAUGGGUGUCCGGGUCGCGGGCUUCCGUCAUUCGUGGUCCCCGGUCUUUGGACGGUCAAACGCCAACUCGAAGGAUGCAAAAACCAAAAGUAAAGGUGACAUUCUGAUCUCAUCUCUUGGACUUGUGGAUGCCAGUGUCCUCCCGAAUUUCACCUCGUUACCUGGAGACAUCUUCGAGCCUCGCGCAAAAGAUCUGAACUCGAUUCUCGUCGUUGACCACAACUAUGUGAAAGGACCCAAACUAUCCGAUGGCAAGAAGUACGUCCGUGUGGGGACGUCAACUACCAACGAGCAAUUUCGACGCUGGUGUAUCGACACGGGCAAUGUCACGUUGCCUAUGAACAUUAUCGAGGUUGAGAUCACUAUGGGUGGAGCCAACGCGACCAUAUGCCACGGAGCAGGAAUAAACAACCCCACGCUUUCUGAUCUCGUUCGAUGUAUCGAGUAUGUGGAUGCCAACGGGAAACUAGGCAGGGUCGACCUGUCUACGCCUGACAUUCUGCAUGCAGCAGCCGGGUGUUUCGGGUUGAUCGGAGUGGUGACGCAUCUCGUUCUAGAGUGCGAUCCAAUGUCGUGUGCGCUGCUGGAGCCGCGCAAAAUCCCAGUGAUAGAAGCCAUCCCUCCGCCACCAGAUAUGCCUGACGCGGACAUUCCUGCCCCUCUUCGACCGCGGCAGCCAUUAAGCGCGGAACGAAAAGCCCAGAUCCAACGGGACUUUGAGACACGUGCCCUGACGACGGACUAUGCAGAAUGGUUCUGGUUUCCCUAUUCCAGCGAAGUGUGGGUGAACAGCUGGCACAAGACUUCUGACUUGUCAAACGCCGUGACUUAUCCAAGCGACGCGAAAACAAUACUGCAGGUGUUGGGGACCAUUAUGAUGAACAUUGCCCAGAAUGCUGAUACUCUGCUCGAUACCACAGAGUUCCUGCCGGCGACGCAGACGAAAUUGUUGACGUGGCUUGCCAUGAAGAAUUUAGAUGAUAUUGGACCGAACGGCAAGAAGAUUAAGGCUAGGUUACCGGAUGCUCUUCAUUUCCAGAGAGGCGUCCAGAACAUAAGAGUUAGGGACCUGGAAGUCGAGUUUCCACUUCAACCGAGAAAGCAGCCUUCAACUUUGACUCCCAUGACUCCCAUUGUCAAUGGCACUGCAGCGAUGAACGGUAACGCUACUCUGAAGGGCCAGGGCUAUAAUGACGCUCAAACUACCACUGAAUCUCAUACCACGACAACUGACAGACUUACACAAGUUGAUUUAUCCCUCGUCCAGCGCGCCUGGUGGGACGCCAUCAUCGCAUGCUACAAUGCCAUCUACGAGGCUCCGCAACGCAUGCCGCUCGAAAUGCGAAUCAUGUCGUCGUCAGAGGUCACAUUGGCCCCGCAGCGCGGCCACACCUUGGGGACCUGUUCGAUCGAAAUCCUGACUCUUCACGACGCUGCCGACAUCUGGAAACCAUACGCUCAGACCGUGUUGGACAAAUGGUCCAACUACAGAGACGCAAAUGGCGAUUUGGUCCCCGUACGUCCACACUGGGCGAAAGAAUGGUACGGGCAUACUGUUAGGGGACGGCAGUGGGAACAACUGCUAAGGUCAGAGUCAUCUCGCAACGGUGGCUUCAGAGACGAAAUCGCCGAAUGGCGAAGUCUGGUGGAGCGUCUCGCUGUUCGGGAUGGCUGGACUGUUGGGGAUGCUAGGUUCAGGUUUGGGAAUGAGGUUUUGGAUCGUUUGUUCUGGCAGGAUGAGGAUAAGGAUGAUUUGGAGAAUGAGGGUGGUGCUGGCGCUGUUGUAAAUGGUAAUGGUACCGCCAACGCAGCUGCUGGAAAGGGUCCUGUUCCGAACGGGGUCAGGCGUACUCUGUCCAAAAAGGCAACCUUGAAGACGAGAACUUCGGGGAGACGGUAA